CAGUCAUCGCGAGAUUUCCCUCGAAGAGGCGCACAGUGGCUCUUUCGUGGUGCGGCCCCGUGUGUGCAUGCUAAAGAACAUCUAACUUUGCCAAACUCCACGUACAAUCUUUCCAAUUUCUUUCGGUAACGUUGGUGGAACACAGGAACAUCCGCCAUCAUGAGUAUACUUAUCAAAAUAGCGGAGAUCGAAGCCGAGAUGGCCAGGACGCAGAGGAACAAGGCCACAGCUCACCACUUGGGUCUGCUCAAAGCAAAGAUUGCCAAACUGAGGAGGGAGCUCAUCACCCCAAAAGGAGGUGGAGGUGGUGCAGCAGGAGAAGGCUUUGAUGUUGCGAAGACCGGUGAUGCCCGUAUUGGCUUCGUUGGUUUUCCCUCAGUGGGGAAGUCAACCCUUCUAAGCAACCUGGCAGGUGUGUACUCUGAGGUCGCUGCCUACGAGUUUACCACUCUUACCACGGUACCUGGAGUCAUUCGUUACAAAGGAGCCAAAAUUCAGCUCUUGGAUCUCCCAGGAAUCAUUGAGGGGGCCAAGGAUGGCAAGGGUAGAGGCCGACAGGUCAUUGCAGUGGCUCGAACUUGCAACCUAAUCCUGAUAGUGCUCGAUGUGUUGAAGCCUCUUGGUCAUAAGAAGCUAAUAGAAAAAGAGCUGGAGGGCUUUGGCAUCCGACUUAACAAGCAACCACCCAACAUUGGCUACAAGAGGAAGGACAAAGGAGGCAUCAACUUCACCUCUACAUGUGUCCAAACGGAGCUGGAUCAAGAUACUGUUAAGAGUAUCCUGGCAGAGUACAAGAUCUUCAACGCCGACAUCACUCUGCGCAGCGACUCCACAGCUGAUGACCUCAUUGAUGUGGUGGAGGGAAAUCGGGUCUACGUCCCAUGCAUUUAUGUGCUCAACAAAAUCGAUCAGAUCUCCAUCGAGGAGCUGGACAUCAUCUACAAGGUGCCUCACUGUGUGCCCAUCUCUGCUCACAGCCGCUGGAACUUCGAUGACUUGCUGGAGAAGAUGUGGGACUACCUAAAGCUUGUUCGCAUCUACACGAAGCCCAAAGGUCAGCUUCCUGAUUACACGUCUCCUGUCGUGCUCCCUGAUGAACACACUACUGUCGAGGACUUCUGCUUGAAGAUUCACAAAAGCCUCAUGAAGGAACUCAAGUAUGCCCUUGUGUGGGGAGCAUCGGUGAAACACAACCCUCAAAAGGUGGGCCGAGAGCACGUGAUGAUCGAUGAAGACGUUAUUCAGCUGGUGAAAAAGUAAAAGGAGUCAAAGUCCCUGCAUGGCCUGUGUAUCACUAAGAGUUCUGUUCAGUUUCUCAGUAAAUCACUAAAAAUAUCUAUCGGAGCAUCAGCGUCGUGCGGUUAUUUUUGCCGUGAUUCAAAAGACCUAAAUGUAAGUUUCCCAUAUAGAAGAUCCCACAGUACUUGACACCAUGAAUAGUUCAUAUUGAAUAUUGGUUAAGGCUUGCAUUGAAAUAAAAUACAAAUCUCUUUAAUAAAAACAUUAAGAAGU